CAGGCGAGCGUGUCGUCCAAUCGUUAUGCAGCUGCCUGGCAAAUUGACCAAUCAGAACUUUAACAUUUUUUGAGAGUAACUGGAGCGGUACUUGAUUAGAGUUCCCUAGUUACCCCACAUGGUAACCCGCCAGUCCCAACGGUAAAAAAACAAACGACACGGGACAGAGCAAGACAGGCCGUCAUUGUGAACUGCGUACCGGACGAGUAUCCUUGUUUACCUACGCGUUUUGUUCAAACUGCAGCAGCUAUGAAAAUCGAAGAAGUUAAAAGCACGACUAAGACGCAGCGCAUCGCGACCCACAGCCAUGUGAAGGGGCUGGGGUUGGAUGAAAGCGGGCUGGCGAAGCAGUCAGCAGCCGGCCUUGUCGGGCAGGAGAACGCGAGGGAGGGCUGUGGGAUUAUAGUGGAACUAAUCAGAGCGAAGAAAAUGGCCGGGAGAGCAAUAUUGCUGGCUGGACCUCCAGGAACUGGAAAAACUGCCCUGGCUCUGGCUAUUGCUCAGGAGCUGGGUAACAAAGUGCCCUUCUGCCCCAUGGUGGGGAGUGAGGUGUACUCCACAGAGAUCAAAAAGACAGAGGUGCUGAUGGAGAACUUCAGGAGAGCUAUAGGCCUGCGUAUCAAGGAGACGAAGGAGGUGUACGAGGGGGAGGUGACGGAGCUCACUCCCUGCGAGACGGAGAACCCCAUGGGGGGCUACGGAAAAACCAUCAGCCACGUGAUCAUCGGACUCAAAACCGCCAAGGGAACCAAGCAGCUCAAGCUGGACCCCAGUAUCUAUGAGAGCCUGCAAAAGGAGAGAGUGGAGGUGGGGGACGUGAUCUACAUUGAGGCCAACAGCGGGGCAGUCAAGCGGCAGGGCAGGUGUGAUACCUACGCCACGGAGUUCGACCUUGAGGCCGAGGAGUACGUGCCCUUACCGAAGGGAGACGUGCACAAGAAGAAGGAAAUCAUUCAGGACGUUACCCUGCAUGACCUGGAUGUGGCCAACGCUAGACCGCAGGGCGGCCAGGAUAUUCUCUCCAUGAUGGGACAAUUGAUGAAACCCAAGAAGACUGAAAUCACAGAUAAGCUGCGAGGGGAGAUCAACAAGGUGGUGAAUAAGUACAUUGACCAGGGGGUGGCAGAGCUGGUUCCGGGGGUGCUGUUUAUAGACGAGGUGCACAUGCUGGAUAUCGAGUGCUUCACCUACCUGCACCGCGCCCUCGAGUCCUCGCUGUCACCCAUCGUCAUCUUCGCAACCAACCGGGGGAACUGCCUCAUCAGGGGUACAGAGGACAUCCUUUCCCCCCACGGGAUCCCCCUAGAUCUGCUGGACCGGGUGAUGAUCAUCCGCACCAUGAUGUACACUCCCCAGGAGAUGAAGCAGAUUAUUAAAAUCCGCUCUCAGACAGAAGGGAUCAGCAUCAGUGAAGAUGCCCUGAACCUCCUGGGAGAGAUUGGGACGAAAACCACGCUGAGGUACGCGGUGCAGCUGCUGACUCCGGCCAGCCUCCUUGGAAAGAUCCAUGGGAAGGACGGGAUUGAGAAGGAGCACGUGGAGGAGAUCAGCGAGCUGUUCUACGAUGCCAAGUCCUCCGCCAAGAUCCUGGCCGACCAGCAGGACAAGUACAUGAAAUAGCAAGCCCCCCCGAGCCUGCCUUCCAUUAAAUAAACGCCCCAGAGAACCGCAGCUCAGCAAUCCCCCCCCCCCCCCCCCCCCCCCCCAGAGACCCACAGCUCAGAGCAAUCCCCCCCAGAGACCCACAGCUCAGAGCAAUCCCCCCAGAGACCCACAGCUCCGAGCAAUCCCCCCCCAGAGACCCACAGCUCCGAGCAAUCCCCCCCAGAGACCCACACUGCAGCAGCACUGUUUAUUUUGUUUUUGCAGUGCAAGCCAGUUUAUCUGAGAUUAGUCUCUGUUUGUGGUUCAGGGUCUCAACUCUUUCGUAUGCACGCUUUCAAAUUUGCCUCGCUGGCAUUUCCACUUUAAUAAAAGCUGAGGCCGGUGUUGCAGCACAUCAGAUUUAAAAUAAAUAUAUGAGACCAGCUCCAAGUGCAGGGGCAUCAAGGGUUUUUGAAAUGUGCUGUUUGAGAUUAGUUUACGGAAGCCUUUCUAUGUGUAACACAUUUGUACGAGUUUAUGUUAAAUUAAAACUUUGUGUUAUGUAUUUUUUUCAUGUUAAAACAAAUGCAACUUUUUUUUUUAAUAAACCAAAUGAAAUACA